GUCGGUGGGUGUCUCGCUCGCUCGCUCGCUCUUUCCUCGCUUGCUUUCUCUCCCGGCCUCAUGCGUUUCCCUCCCCCUCGCGGCGCUCGCCCGCUCUCUCUCCCUUCGCUCUCUCGCUCUGUCUUUUUUUGGGCGCCAUGCUGAGGGGAAGACCCUCCUUUGCUUUUUAAAAGAAAUGCCACCCACAUUCAAAGACACAGGUGCGGCAGUUUGGGAAGAUGGUGAGUUGGAAGAAGGCGAACUUGAAGAUGAUGGGGCUGAGGAGAUCCAGGACACCCCUGGAGGGCAGGAGAGGAGCCGGAAAGAAAAGGGGGAGAGGCACCACAGCGACUCAGACGAGGAGAAGUCCCACCGGAGGCUGAAGCGGAAGCGGAAGAAAGAGCGGGAGAAGGAGAAGAGGAGGUCCAAGAAGAGGAGGAAAUCCAAGCACAGACGCCAUGCUUCCUCCAGCGAUGAUUUCUCCGACUUUUCCGAUGACUCAGACUUCAGCCCCAGUGAGAAGGGGCACCGCAAGUACCGGGAGUACAGCCCCCCAUACGCACCGUCCCACCAGCAGUACCCUUCAUCACACACCUCGUCCCUGCCCAAGAAGUCCUACUGCAAGACGGACAGCAAGGGCUACGGCGCGUACGACGACUAUGAGAGCGAGCAGUACGGGGAGCUCGGCGACGAGGAGGACGAGGGCAAGGACGACUACGACGACUUCGCCAAGGAGCUCAGCCAGUACCGGCGCGCUAAGGAGGGCAGCAGCCGGGGGAGAGGCAGCCGAUGCCGGGGCAGGGGCUACAGGGGCCGCGGAAGUCGUGGAGGGUCUCGAGGCCGAGGCAUGGGCAGGGGAAGCCGAGGCCGGGGCAGAGGCUCCAUGGGAGACCACAUGGAGGACGAAGAGGACUUCUAUGAAGAGGAGAUGGAAUAUGGAGAAAGCGAGGAGCCGAUGGGAGAGGACGAUUACGAUGAGUACUCCAAGGAGCUGAACCAGUACCGCCGCUCCAAGGACGGCCGAGGCCGAGGUUUAAGUCGAGGCCGUGGACGGGGUUCUCGAGGCCGAGGGAAGGGGAUGGGCCGUGGCCGAGGCCGAGGCGGCCGAGGAGGAAUGAGCAAGGGCGGAAUGAAUGAUGAUGAAGACUGCUACGAUGAGGACAUGGGCGACGUUGGUGGCGGAAGCUACCGAAGGAGUGACCAUGACAAGCCCCACCAGCAGUCUGACAAGAAAGGCAAAGUCAUCUGCAAGUACUUCGUGGAAGGGCGGUGCACGUGGGGAGACCACUGUAAUUUUAGCCAUGACAUCGAACUGCCAAAGAAACGAGAGCUGUGCAAGUUCUACAUCACGGGAUUCUGCGCCCGCGCCGAAAACUGCCCUUAUAUGCAUGGUGAUUUCCCCUGUAAGCUAUAUCACACAACUGGGAACUGCAUCAAUGGAGAGGACUGCAUGUUCUCCCAUGACCCCCUGACCGAGGAGACAAGAGAGCUCCUGGAUAAGAUGUUGGCCGAUGAUGCAGAAGCGGGCGCUGAGGAUGAGAAGGAAGUGGAGGAGCUAAAGAAGCAGGGCAUCAACCCCCUGCCCAAGCCACCCCCUGGUGUGGGCCUCCUGCCCACCCCUCCGCGGCCCCCUGGGCCUCCGGCUCCCAACUCUCCCAAUGGCAGGCCCAUGCCAGGCGGUCCUCCUCCCCCACCGCCGCCCCCUCCCCCACCUCCCGGGCCUCCUCAGAUGCCCAUGCCAGUGCAUGAGCCCCUAUCCCCCCAGCAGCUGCAGCAGCAGCAAGACAUGUACAACAAGAAGAUCCCCUCCUUGUUUGAGAUCGUGGUGCGACCCACAGGACAGCUGGCCGAGAAGCUGGGUGUGAGGUUCCCUGGACCUGGUGGACCCCCAGGACCAAUGGGUCCUGGGCCCAACAUAGGACCCCCAGGGCCUAUGGGUGGCCCCAUGCACCCUGAUAUGCACCCUGACAUGCAUCCGGACAUGCACCCUGACAUGCACCCCGACAUGCAUCCUGAUAUGCACCCUGACAUGCACCCCGACAUGCAGAUGGGCCCUGGCAUGAACCCUGGCCCACCUAUGGGUCCCGGCGGCCCCCCGAUGAUGCCCUAUGGCCCUGGAGACUCCCCGCACUCCGGAAUGAUGCCCCCCAUCCCACCAGGCCAGAACUUCUAUGAGAACUUCUACCCACAGCAGGAGGGCAUGGAGAUGGAGUCGGGGCUUAUUGGAGACUCAGAAGACUACGGGCACUACGAAGAGCUGCCGGGGCAGCCUGGGGAGCCCCUCUUCCCCGAGCACCCUCUGGAUCCCGACAGCUUCCCCGAGGGAGGUCCCCCAGGCCGGCCGAAGGCGGGUGCCGGUGUCCCCGACUUCCUGCCCUCAGCCCAGAGGGCUCUGUACCUGAGGAUCCAGCAGAAGCAGCAGGAGGAGGAAGAGAGAGCGAGGAGGCUGGCUGAGAGCAGCAAGCAGGACCGGGAGAAUGAGGAAGGUGAUACCGGAAACUGGUACUCCAGUGACGAGGACGAGGGUGGGAGCAGUGUCACCUCCAUCCUGAAGACCCUGAGGCAGCAGACAUCAAGCCGGCCCCAGGCUUCAGCUGGAGAACUGAGCAGCAGUGGGCUGGGGGACCCCCGCCUCCAGAAGGGACACUCCACAGGAGGCCGACUGACUGACCCCCGCCUCAGCCGGGACCCCAGACUCAGCCGUCAUGCCGAGACUUCCAGCGGGUCGGGCCCAGGAGACACAGGGCCCUCAGACCCUCGGUUAGCUCGCACUCUGCCCACCUCCAAGCCCGAAGGCAGCCUUCAUUCCAGCCCUGCAGGACCCAGCAGUUCCAAGGGGUCUGGGCCACCCCCUGCAGAGGAAGAGGAGGGGGAGCGAGCCCUACGGGAGAAGGCUGUGAACAUUCCCCUGGACCCCCUCCCAGGGCACCCACUACGGGACCCUCGCUCCCAGCUGCAGCAGUUCAGCCACAUCAGGAAGGAUGUGACCUUGAGCAAGCCAAGCUUUGCCCGCACGGUGCUCUGGAACCCUGAGGACCUCAUCCCCCUGCCCAUCCCAAAACAAGAUGUGGUGCCCCCUGUGCCUGCUGCCCUGCAGUCCCUGCCGACCCUGGACCCUAGGCUGCACCGCUCCACCCCUGCAGUGGCCCCCAGCACCCGGCAGCGCCCAGGCACCUCCACGGACCCCAGCACAUCUGGCUCUAACCUGCCUGACUUUGAACUCCUUUCUCGCAUCCUCAAAACUGUCAAUGUCAACACCCCCAGCCAGAGCGACAAGCCCAGUGACCCCAGAGUGCGAAAGGCCCCCACUGACCCUCGAUUACAGAAACCAGCAGACUCACAGGCGGCCUCCCGUGUGGGGGUGGCCAAGCCCUGCCCCACUGAAGCAUCACCCCCUGCCACCAGCCCCAGCAGGGAGUCUUCCCCGCCAGCCACUGCUCCCUAUGACCCCCGAGUGCUGGCAGCUGCCGGGCUUGGUCAGGGCAGCAGCAGCGGGCAGAGCAGUGUGCUGAGCGGCAUCAGCCUCUAUGACCCUAGGACUCCCAAUGCUGGGGGCAAAGCUGCAGAGCCUGCAGCCGAUGUGGGUGCCCAGCCUAAGGGAGCUGAGGGCAAUGGCAAGAGCUCGGCCUCCAAGGCCAAGGAGCCCCCAUUUGUCCGCAAGUCCGCCCUGGAGCAGCCGGAGACCGGGAAGGCCAGCUCGGACGGGGCCUCCGCCAUAGGCACGGACAGAUACAACAGCUACAACAGGCCCCGGCCCAAGGCCGCUGCGGCCCCUGCUGCCGCCACGGCGACCCCACCCCCAGAGGGGACCCCACCCCAACCUGGAGUGCACAACUUGCCUGUGCCCACCCUCUUUGGGACUGUGAAGCCAGCCCCCAAAACGGGCUCAGGAAGCCCUUUUGCUGGCAAUAGCCCAGCCCGUGAGGGCGAGCAGGACGCUGGGUCCUUGAAAGAUGUUUUUAAAGGUUUUGACCCCACGGCCUCCCCCUUCUGCCAGUAGGUUUAGUGGUGGGAGCCAACUCCACUCCACCACCUCUCCCAGGGUGAUGAUAUUUAAGGGCAGUAACCCGAGACAGGGUGGGGGUAGGGUCAGGGUGUUCUUUACUUUUUCCCUUCCACUUUGUUUGUCCUUUUUUAAGUAGGACUUUCUUCGAGUCAUAAAUUGUAUAUAACCAUCUUUGAUUCUGGUCAGUGCUCCAGGCUCCUGCCAAGCGAGCCACUUGUGCGCAGCCUGGGGCCCCACAGAGACUGAGGGAAGGGGCACUGAAGGCUGACGUCUGCACCGUGGGCAAGAAGCGGGAACUGGUGCACAGUGGGCCUGUGUAGAAGCAGGUCCAGGCAUCGGUAGAACCCAGGGUGUACUGUCCUGACGUUUCAGUGUCACCCGGGACAACCCACUUCAGAAGGGGACAGUGAAAUUGUAUCAAAGGGAAGAGACUGCCCUCACCCACUCCAGGUUCCGUGUCUGUACUUGUGCCCUGCACCUUUCGCCUAGGGUUUGCCCUGAAAGUGCCACCCUCCAGCCCAUGCAGGAAACUGGGUGAGAUGGCCCUGCAGGCAGCAGGACUGGUUGGUAGGAUGGCCCCCAGGAGCAAGAAAGCCCAUCAGUGUUAGCCUGGCCUGUCCCUGCACUGCCGGCCCUGACCCUGGAGACAGCUCAAGGAUCCGUGGCAUAGCCACCUGCCAGGCUCUGGAGGAAGGAGCCCUAGGGUGGCUUUAGCAAAGUGUGUGUGCUCGCUGCUUUCUGUACCCACUUAGUCGUGUUUUCUACAGGGCACAAGCUCGUGUGUGCUCUUCUCUCCCAAGCCUAUAGAAGUGGGGGUAAGAGGCAUUUCUCAGUAUUAGAUUCAUGGCGCUUCCCAAUAGGGGAAGUGAGGACAAGGCAGAAGCCUAGCUGGGUCGGUGUGCUUGAGCCUUUCCAGGAAUGGUACCAGACCCCUUGAGGGCCAUGGGGUCCCAGGCAGCUGGCCGAUCCCAGCAUAGAGACAACUACACAGCCUAUCCCUCUCGCAGCCACCUGAGGACUGGCCUUGUCCUCAGAGGCUCAGAGAAGGCCCAGCUGUGAGCAGGCUCCAGAGCGGCUCAGGGAACCUAGCAAGACGCACCAGCCUCCCUGCCUCUGGUCACUGCAGGGCUUUCCCAGGGGGCUGACCUCUCCUGUCCUCCCAGUCCCAAAGGCCUGCCGCCUUGGUGGUAGGGCAUGGCCUCACAACCCCUCCACACAUACCGCCCAAAGAGAAACCCAACUCAGUUUGGGGCCUAAAGCCAGGGUGGAAGGGGCUGGCACCCCUCAGGGCCAGACAACCCCACGGGGUCAGCGCACCAAAAUCAAGUCAGUUUGGUUUUGUCUUUGUGUCUUGUUUUCACCCAAUCAUAAGUCAGUGAGAUCUGUAUUCAGGCCCCACGUUGGUCAUGAGGUGGAGGUGGCUGCCCGCAGCACGCGUGGGGAAAGAACAGGGUGGCAGCGUUGGUUGGUCGUGUUCUCCCGUCCUCUGAAAUCCGCUCGGUGGUGUACACCUGUCGUCCCAGCACGAAGGAAGGCAAGGCAGGAGAACCACAAGUUCCCGGCCAGCCUAAGCUGUUAGAAAAAAUGAGAUUUUUAACUCCAAAAUCAGUAUCAAAUGGAAGCUGGAGCCCUCCUCUUGGAUCAUUCAGUCUGUGAACCUCAUGGGAAUGAGCAUUCACCAGGAAUCCCCACUUGCCAUCAGGCCGCGCUUUUAAAGGAAAAAUUGUUCUCUAACCAGGAUUGUAACAAAAGUGUAAAUACUCCAACAGAGCUGAAAGUUGAUGGUGCAAAUAUGUAUAUAAUGUACUGUAUUUUUACAAUGAUGGUCGCAUGACUCUCCCACGCCCUUUUGUACUCAGUAUCUGUCUUCCAGAAACCUCACCUGCCUUUUCUCCUGUGGUCUCUUAAUCCAAUAAUUGUAUUACUGCCAUUAAAGGAUGCAGUUAUUUUAAAAA